GGGACCACGGAAACUCGUUUAAAAAUUCUGGAUCAACCUUGGCUUCUAAACCUGACAUGGGGAUAAAUCUACGGUCGGAAUCAGAGGACUCUGGGGUGGAGCUGGCCAGUUCAGACUUGUCCCUUCCUUUUCCGUGUGGUUCUGGAUCGACAGGGAACGUAGAGUCGGAUCCGGUCCCGACUGAAAGAGAAGAAGACGGGCUAACCCAUGCCUCUUCAUCACAGUCCCCCAUCCGCUUGGUGACAUCUUCAACCACCUCUUCCCCCCUUUCCCUUCGUCCCAUUAGACCUGAGACCCCACUGGAUCACCCAGUGGCCUUGCACCUCAAAGUGGAGCAGGUGCUCCAGAGGACCAACCCAAGAUGCCCAGUUCAGAGGACAAUCCCCACGUCCUGUGCAGAUGAGUUGGUACUCAGUCAACAACCUCUCACAUCUUCCCUACCCAGGCGACACACUACGUCCUUAAUAAAAUGUCAAAGGUCAAGACCUUUAGGGACAAGAAGGACGGUCAGCACAUCAAUGUCAAGUCAGCAGAUGCCAGAAGCAUGCAGGCGACCACUGACCCUGUAUCACGAUACUCUGCUUGCAGAGAAAAAAGGAGUGCACCAAGGUGGAGAGGACGCGGUGAGAUCCGGUCCUGGGCUCAGCUACCUGGAACAAGUGUGCCGGAUGUUGGAGCAAAUUGCCAGGCUGCAAAUUCAUAACCGUGGUUUACAGAUGGAGCUUGAUGUCCUCCGUGAGCAUCACACUAAAGCAGAUGAGGUUGCAGAAUCUGCUCAGUGUGACUGCAAAGCUGAUGCAGGCGAUUCAACUUCCGGCCAAGGACGUGAAAUUGCGGAAUUGAAGCAUAUUUCGAGUGAAAUACAGCAGACGGAUUUUGUUGCUCACAAUUUUCGACGGAGGUCGUCAUCAGAUACAAAAUUACUCGCAGGGCAUUUAGGAAAGGAUAAAAUGGACUCUAGAAGGCAUCAUACGAAUCAAGAUGACCUGCUUGAGGAGGCAGCGGAGCACAAUGAAAAGCACCAUGAGAAGCAGAAACUGAAAAUACAGUAUAAAAGCAAAUCCUGGAAGUUAAAGGUGGGGUCUUUGAGAAGAGAAGAUUCGACCCAUCAUUCAGAUUCAGAGAUGAACAGCCAGCAGACGCAGCCAUCCAAGAAAAAGACCGGUGGGCGUCAGUUAAGCCAGCUGUUCAGGAGGAAAAGAAAAACGGUGCCCGCAUGAAAGGACCGCGGUACUUCUGUUUACCGUGGUUCUGUCUGAAAGAUCAUUCUGGGUUUCAGUUCUGAAGAACAGAAAGCAUUUCCUUGGAGAGGAGGAACGGACCAGUAGCCUUACCAGUGUGAAACAUCCAUUCUAUUCAAGCUAUACGAUGAAACUUGCUGCCAUUAGUUUUUUGCACAUCACAUGCCUCCCUUCAUUAUUUAUAUUCAUUUUCUGUCAUAUUUUAUAUAUAUUUUAUUUUUUUUAUUUGGGGUGGGGG